CCACCCCCGCUGUUGUCCGGGCAGGGAAGAUGGCGGCGGUCUCUGUGAAGAGCAUCGGGGGCAGGCUGGGCCUGGCGCUGAGGGAGCUCCGCAUCCACCUGUGCCAGCGCUCCCCCAGCAGCCGCGGCGUCAGGGAAUUCAUCGAGCAGCACUACGUGACCCUGAAGAAGGCGAAUCCCGAUUUCCCCAUCCUGAUCCGCGAGUGCUCCGGUAUCCAGCCCAAGCUGUGGGCGCGGUACGAGUUUGGGAAAGAGAAGAGCAUCCCACUGAGCAACCUGAGCGUGGAUGAAGUGGCCAAGGCCCUGGAGAGCGUUGUGAAAAGCCAUGCAUGACAACAGACAGGAAGUACACACCUGCUGGACACCUGACUGAUUAUCUUUAAUGUCCAAGAUGUAUCUUUAAUUUAUCAGUUCAUAAACACAAUGUGCUUACCUUGA